AUGAAGGCCACUUUUGAAUACCGACAAACUCUAGUUCAUGAUACUGAUAAGUCCACAGACAUCCUAGUUACCUUCCCUAGGUUUCUUGAUACAGUUGGCCUUAUUGAACAAGACUUUGUCAUGCUGUUUGGAGAGGAGACAGCUGGGAAAUUUCUUGCUAAGUGGCCAACAUUCUUCAGGCCACGAGUAAUUGAAGAUAGUAAAGGUCUGGUUCUAAAUGCACAUGUGGACGAUCUAAUCAAGUCUGCACAAGGAGAAAGUGAUGCCGGUUGGGACCGUGACCUUGCCUCCUUGUGUCUUCUGCUGUAUCUUCUUCCUCCUACAUCAAGACGUCAUAAGAAGACGGCUAAAAUCAGUGCUCUUCAGGCAGAGGACUACUUGCUGCAGUUUCUGAGGGUUGGUACAAGUAUCCAGACUUUCCUGUCAAAUGUUGAACCAUCUCAACCUUUUUUGCUCUGCAUUGGAGAACACAAAAAGAGGAUCCAGAAUUUCUACAUUAUUAUGGACAAUAAGGCAAUACCAUGUAAGGCACAAACAUCUGUAGCAGCAUUUGAUGAGCUGUUCAAGGCACAUUUUGUUUUCAGCACAUCAUAUAGCCAGGAACUUGACAGUUUUUAUGUGUUUAUCCAAACUGCAGUGUACAACAUUGAUAUAGGUGCAUCUAAGGAAAGACCAAGAGUGAAGGAACUUAGAGCUAGAUUUCUGAAUGCAAAUAAGUAAAUGUAAGGACUGACAUGG